AUGGACUACCUCACCAUUCUCGCAACCCGCUCUGUUGUGCUCUUCCGUACGCCCACUGCCCGCAAGGUGCCCGGCUCGACGGGAUACCUUCUCCCGCCCAAGCCGAUUGCAGUCUCGCUUCUCAAGCUCAUUUACGGCGACACGCACUGCGCAUACUUUCUCAUCGAACACGUUCUCGAGGGCGCACGUUCGAGCACGCACGGCGAGUUCAACCCGGCCACGGUCGACCACGACGACAAGGCCCUCUCUCAGGCGGUCGAGGCGAUCGCUUGGGAGGAGAUUGACCGUGCCAAGGUCUUCUCGCGCGCCCUGGGCCAGCUGUUCGCCCGCGUCGACAGCGUGAGCGAGAGCCAGGUUCAUGACCUCGCCGCGACCCAUGGCCUCGAGCUCGCCGUGAGCGGGCCACACACCACUGCCGGCGGCGCGGGUGGCGACACGCUCCACCAGCCGCACCCAUUCGACGCAACUCCCGCCGACGCCACUGCAGUGUUCGCCUAA